AUGACCGAAGUACUCCAAUCCCCAUCUCACUUCCCUUCUCCUUCAAGCUCCACUUCCUGUGCUGCUAAUGAUGGCCCACACCAACAACAACCGCAUACCCUUAUUAAUGGCGACACCAUAACCAUAGAGACCACAAGAGCAGCAGCCCAAGAAGGAGGCCAAGACCCAGAAGAGGAAGAAGAAGGGCAAGAUCAAGAAAGGGAGAGAGAGAGGAAAGAGAGGGACAGGGAGGGGGAUCAACUGUCGCUUUUGGCACUGUUGGUGACUGCUUUUAGGAAGUCUUUGUUGAUUGGGUGCAGUAUAAGUGCUACUGGGGGUAAGGAGCUUUGUUCAAUGGAGAUUGGGUUGCCCACCAAUGUUAGGCAUGUUGCACAUGUAACGUUUGAUAGGUUCAAUGGGUUUCUUGGCUUGCCGGUUGAGUUUGAGCCUGAGGUUCCAAGGAGGGCCCCUAGUGCCAGUGCAACUGUUUUUGGAGUUUCAACAGAGUCCAUGCAACUUUCAUUCGACUCUAGAGGGAAUAGUGUGCCUACCAUACUCCUGAUGAUGCAAAGGCACUUGUAUUUACGAGGCGGUCUGCAGGCAGAAGGAAUAUUUAGAAUAAAUGCCGAUAACACCCACGAGGAAUAUGUUAGGGAACAGUUAAAUAGGGGGGUGGUUCCGGAUGACAUUGAUGUGCACUGCUUGGCAGGUCUUAUAAAGGCUUGGUUCAGAGAACUCCCUACUGGUAUAUUGGACUCUCUUUCACCAGAGCAGGUAAUGCAGUCUCACUCGGAAGACGAGUGUGUUCAUCUUGUCAGACAACUUGCCCCAAUAGAAGCCGCUUUGCUAGAUUGGGCGAUAAAUCUAAUGGCUGACGUUACACAAAUGGAACACCUGAACAAGAUGAACGCUCGUAAUGUUGCUAUGGUCUUUGCCCCAAACAUGACCCAAAUGUCUGAUCCUUUGACUGCAUUGAUGUAUGCUGUUCAAGUGAUGAAUUUCCUCAAGACCCUCAUCAUCAAGACGCUUAGAGAACGAGAAGACUCGAUUAUAGACUCAACUCCUCUGUCUCCCCCGGAGCAUUCUGGUGAGGAUGGCCACCGAAGUUCUUUGCAAUCCUUGUCAAACGAGGCUAAUGAGGAGGCCGUUGAGGCAAAUGAAGAGGAUAAGUUGUUUGUUGCCGGAGAGCCUGUGUCAGAGAGCCCCUCUCACCCUCCUGAGUACGAAACCACCCCUGAACGAGUACCGCAAAAUUUCCUGACUUCUAUCGAGAAUAUCAUCCCUGAAGGAAAUCGGUCUCUGGUUGAUAAUUGUCCUUGUGAGGUUGUAUCUCAAGUCAAUUCCUUAACAAGUGGAAACUUGAGCAAGAGCAAAUCUGGUCCAUCAAGUAAUUCAAAUCCGAGGAAGGGACCCAAAAAGAUGAAUGAGCGAUCGAUAGUUUCGUCAGCAGAAGCUGCUGAGAAGAGGAAGGGGACGAGAAUUGUCGGCCGUAUAAAUUCAAGAACGGAGAGGGUUGAAGCUUGGCGAUGAAUGGUAAUAUGGGAAGUGGAGAACUUGGGGGGAUAUGCCCACAGCAAGAGAAGUUGGUACAUUGUGUGUCUUCUUGCUUUGUAAAGAUUUGGUGUAUGAAUAUUUACUUGCCUGCUUGGAGUUGUGUGACUUGAGUGUUGUUUAUUGACCUUUUCAUGCUUUAAGUUAACAUUUCUCUCUUAACCCA